GUGGGGUCCGCCGCGCCCGGGGGGUUGGGACCGUCCCCUCGGCCGUCCCGCCCCGCCGCCGCGCUGCGCCCAUGGUGAUUGUGCAUCGCGGCGCGGAGCCGGGGCAGCGCUCCGACCUGCCGCCGCCUUCCCACCCCGCGGCCGGGCCGGGCCGGGCGCCCAGGUGUUGGUGUCUUCAGGCUCCUUUAGGGGUUUAGUUCUGAGGAAGCAGAGACACAGGGACUGAAUCUAUUUCACAUACAAAACUACAGCUCCACGCCAGUAUUCUCUUUCCUCCAUCCCAUCCCUCCUCUCCCACAGGGAAGUUCAGUUCGUUAAUUAUCCUAACGGUCACUUACUCCCCUUUCCCCGUCAGAAAUCUGCCUUGGUCCUUGAGGCAUCAGGUAGACGCUGACAGUUCCAGGCACAGGGGAGCGUUCCCAUCGCCGUUCCGUGCGUGCUUUGGGAGCUUCAGUAGCGCCCUUCCCUCCGUCGGAGCGCGGUGCAGAGGAGGCAUCCAGAAGGCCUGCUCGCCCUCCCUCUCCGAGCAGCAGUCGGGGUCCGGGAGAAGGGGUCCCUGCCGGGCGCGUGACGCCCUCACGGAGCCAGGACCGAAGCAGCACUUGGCACGCCGAAGGAAGCACCUCCUUGGCACCUCCAUCAUCUUCCGCUCCUCCGACACCAGAUUCGUGAGAGUUUCCGUUGACAAGAAACCUUGAAGGUUGCAAGACAAGUCCAAGAUGUGCAGUUCAGUUGCUCCCAGGCUGUGGUUCUUAACAGACCGUCGCAUCAGAGAAGAUUACCCUCAGCAGGAGAUCUUGAGAGCCUUGAAGGCCAAGUGCUGUGAAGAGGAGCUAGAUUUUCGGGCCUUGCUGAUGGAUGAAGUGGUCCUGACCAUUGAAGAUGGAAAUCUUGGUCUCCGGGUGAACGGUGAGCUUAUUACCGCUUACCCACAGGUGGUGGUUGUGCGUGUACCAACACCUUGGGUCCAAAGUGACAGUGAUAUCACAGUCCUUCGCCACCUAGAGAAGAUGGGUUGUCGAUUGAUGAAUCGUCCCCAAGCCAUCCUCAACUGUGUCAACAAGUUCUGGACAUUUCAAGAACUUGCUGGUCAUGGUGUACCCCUGCCAGACACCUUUUCAUAUGGUGGUCAUGAGAAUUUUGCCAAAAUGAUUGAUGAGGCGGAAGUGCUGGAGUUCCCUAUGGUGGUGAAGAACACGCGGGGUCACCGAGGAAAAGCUGUGUUCCUGGCACGAGACAAGCACCAUUUGGCAGACCUGAGCCAUUUGAUCCGUCAUGAUGCCCCUUACUUAUUUCAAAAAUACGUUAAAGAGUCCCAUGGCAAGGAUGUGCGUGUCAUCGUAGUAGGAGGCCGUGUGGUGGGCACCAUGCUCCGUUGCUCAACAGAUGGGAGAAUGCAGAGUAACUGCUCACUUGGUGGUGUAGGGAUGAUGUGCUCACUGAGUGAACAAGGCAAGCAACUGGCAGUCCAAGUAUCAAACAUCCUGGGUAUGGACGUGUGUGGCAUUGACCUGCUGAUGAAGGACGACGGUUCAUUCUACGUCUGCGAGGCCAAUGCAAAUGUAGGUUUCAUUGCCUUUGACAAGGCUUGUAAUCUAGAUGUAGCUGGUAUCAUAGCGGACUAUGCCGCUUCUCUUUUAACCCCCGGUCGCUUGACGCGGCGCAUGUCCUUGCUCUCUGUGGUGUCCACGGCAAGCGAGACUAGCGAGCCAGAGCUGGGCCCUCCAGCUAGUGCCGCUGUCGACAAUAUGAGUGCUAGCUCCAGCUCUGUCGACAGCGACCCUGAGACCACGGAGAGAGAGUUGCUCACCAAGCUCCCGGGGGCUCUAUUCAACAUGAACCAGCUAUUAGCCAAUGAGAUCAAACUUCUUGUGGAGUGAUGCCACGUGUAAAUAGAUGACCAACAGAACUCUCUCUUGUAAAAAAUUCCUUUAAACCAACUUGCAAUGCUGUUUAUCAGAGAAGCUCAGAGAAAUGAGGAAAGGGGAGUCAAUCAAGAGAGCAAGAUUAAAAGACAUGCGUUCUGUGACUGCUGCCCCUGUGUUUUUGCAGAACAUAAUAUUGUGUUCAUUCUUCAGCAUCAGUUUUCUAAUGAAGAUGCUCAAUUCACAACCUAAAUGGGAGUUUUAUUUGGAUGCUGCUUUGGUCCCCAGACAUAUUGCAGUGCACAUGUGUUCACAGGAAAGCACUGAAGCAUGAUUCACUGGAAGAUUUUCAGAAAGCUCUGGCAGCUCUCUAGAAACUUCCAGGAAUUAAUGCAGCAGUUAAGUCUCUUCUCCCUCCAUAAGGCUUGAUCCUGUAAAUUGCUCAGUGCCUUUAGUUCUCAAUGAGAGUUGAAGGUGUUAAAUGCCAGGUAUUUCAAUGUUCCUGGACACCUACUGUUCCCUCUCUUGCAGGUGGGAGCCGUAGGUUCAGCAUACUUUUAAAGUCAUCCCUUUCUGACCUUGCAGGAUAUGGCCCUUCAAAUGAUGAGGCAGAGAGAAGUGUCGUUUGACUUAAUGUGAGCUUUCUGUACAAGUCUCGAAUUUGUGCCGUCUUGGUAUUAAUUGGCAGCUUUGUGUCCAUAUUUCUUUAUAAAGCUUUUGAAGGAGGAAUUCUAGAACUUGUGUUUUUCUCAUUUCAACUCCAGAUUUUGGAAGGUAUGCAGGGGAGUUUCUCAUUAUAUUUGUGGCAGAAGUGUCACGUUUUAACUAUUUUUGCAUGAUUGGAGGAGAUAAACAGCACUGUAAUGUUUGGUAUAUAAAAUAAUGUUUAAUCCAAUGUGAAAAAGAAUUACACUAGUUUAAAACAAACGUGCAUUGACUUGUAUUUGUUAGUGUUUUAGUCUUUUUGAGAGAGAUCUGCAAUGUUAAUGUUCCUUUUUUUUAAUACAUGCUAGUCCAACA